UUUUUUACUUCGGAGUCUUUGCUUUAUUCAAGGGCACUGUAUUGUGUAAUGGUCACUACAGAAUGACUGAUGUCUGAAUGAACAAGAGCCUGCGAUAUGUGUUGUAUAGUUUUUACGACGUCCUGAGAUCAACUACAGCUCCCCCUGGAAGAAGCCGCCUAUGGCGCUCCUCGAAUGCACCAUUUUGGAAUCGAUUACUCUGGAUGAUAAGUCCUCUUGACUAUUGCUCUGUAGUUCUAUUUGUCUCGACCUUGAAUUGUGCUCCGCCUACCGCUCCUGCGCCUGCUUCAGUGCUAUUGUUGCUGCUGCUGCCCAUGCUUUUUUUUUUUUUUUUUUUUACAAAACGACUAUGUCGUUUUCGGGUGCUUGAUACUGCUCUGGAUGUCAGUGUCGCUGUCGAUGUCGCUGUCGAUGUCGCCGUCGAUGUCGCUGUCAUCGUCGUUCGUGGCCUUGAUGCUGUUCUCAAAGCGAUCGAAUGGGAGGCCGGUGGCCUACGACCCGGCUACUGGGGCUUUGAUGCACUGUCUAGUGUCCAGCACAAAAGAAAAAAAGCCCUGUGACUUGCAGGCGUUACGUUACGGUUACGGUUCGACUUGAG